AUGGCCAAGAAACUGCAUUACUUCAACCUUAACGGACUUGCAGAGUCUAUCCGAUACUUGCUCCACUAUGCUGGUGAAAAGUUCGAGGAUGUUAGAUACGAUUUGAAGUCCUGGCCUGAUAAGAAGGUUAAGGAAUCGCUACCGUACGGUCAACUUCCUUUGUAUGAAGAAGGCGGUGCCAAAUUAACUCAGUCGUUGGCAAUUGCUCGUUAUAUUGCUGUAAAAGCAAAUCUACUGCCAACUGAUCCUUGGGAACAGGCUGUUUUGGACAGCUUUGUGUUCACCAUCUACGACUUCUGGUCAAAGGUCGGCACUUUCAUUAAGGAGCAAGAUCCUGCAAGAAAAGCGGCCAUUAAGAAGGAAAUUAUUGACGAGAACAUCGAUUUCUACUUCUCUAGAUUUGAGAAAUACCUGAAGGAGAAUAAGGGACACUUUGGUGGAAAGUUGACCUGGGUUGACUUUGUGCUUGUUGGCAUUGUUGAAUCAGCCAACCUUUUCCUUGGAGUGGAAAUUCAGAAAAUAUACCCCACCGUGGGCAUGCUCGUGAAGGAAGUUCUUAGCUUGCCAGGAGUGAAAGAAUACGUCGCGACCAGGAAACCUUACGUAAUUUGA